AAUGAAUAUGAUGUAUGAGAAGAAGAUUAAAGAUGAGUGAGCAUCAUUUUGUGUUUGUACAUGGAGCAGGUCAUGGAGGAUGGUGUUGGUACAAGCUCGCCAAUUCACUGAGGGAGAAUGGACAUAAGGCUACAUGUAUCGACCUCAAGGGCGCUGGGAUCAACCCAACUGAUCCAAAUACUGUCUCUUCUUUGGAUGACUACGACGAGCCUCUCUAUGCCUUCCUCUCCCAACUUCCCAACGAUCAAAAGGUCAUUCUUGUGAGUCACAGCGUUGGAGGAGGGAGCAUGACUGCUGCCAUGUGCCUCUUUCCUUCCAAAGUUUCCUUGGCGGUUUACGUCGCAGCUGCCAUGGUCAAACCUGGUACCUUGAUUCCUGAAAGACUCAAAAAUGUAAUGAAGAUAUGUUCAGGAUUGAUAGAGGAGGAAACUGAGAAGAUAUGGGACUAUACUUUUGGAAACGGACCGGAAAAUCUCCCAACAAGCAUCAUGAUGAAACCUGAGUAUGUUCGGGACAAGUUUUACAACGAGAGUCCCAUGGAGGAUUACACACUGGCUACAACGCUUCUGCGUCCGGCCCCUGUCAUGGCAUUCGUAGGCAUAAUGGAUAUUCCGAAAGCUCCAGAGACUGACAAAAUCCCAAGGGUGUACGUGAAGACAGGGAAGGACCAUUUGUUCGAACCAGUUCUUCAAGAGGUAAUGUUGGCUCUGUGGCCUCCUGCUCAGACCUUCCUUCUUCCGGACAGUGAUCACUCUGCUUUUUUCUCCCAACCUCAAGAACUCUAUCAAUUCCUCCUUCAAGCAGCCUCAUCUCUUUCUCCCUGAUUUCUCUUUAUAUGUCUCUCUGGAAGUCUUCCAAACCCAUCUUUUGGAUACUUGGCUUGCAUAAAACUGAAUCAUAUUC